AUGCUACGGCAACCUGACGAGCCUUCUCAAGUCAAGACUCCGAAACGAACUCGAAAACCAGCGAAGAAGCAGGAACACGAACAAGAGCAGGUCCUCGGUCAGGAAGAGCGGCAAGCAGAGGUACCGACGACACAAAGCAGCCACAACGAUCCGGUUGUGUUUGUUGCAAACUUCUAG